CUUAGGAUUGCGUUGAGGCGCAUCAUUCAUGAUUCCCAGGUCGCGGUGACUUGGCUCCUCAGUGUUGCUGAUGCUUCUAUGGAAAUGCCAAUGUUCACAGAUGCGAAAUGUCGAGCCCUGCGAAGCGGAGGAAGCUGAACGACGGCAACAAACAGCCCUCCAAAGGACUGGAGUAUUUCUUUUCCAAGCAGAAGCAAAAUGGCGCAACCUCCAAUUCCGAAUCUAAGCCUAGCGCGCAGCGCCAAGAGGCAAUUGCGACAGAAGAGCAAGAAUUGACCGAUAAAGAGCUUGCUAGGAAGCUUCAGGUCGAAUGGAAUCGACAAGAUACCGAGCCGGGAGACCAGGGCGCAUCUGCAUCUGUCGCAGAAGAUCGAUCGGUACCACCUCGUGAUGAAUUUCCCAGUGCAAAAGCACAGGAAGCCCUGUCGCAACCAAAAGCUCCAGAAUCCAAGGGCAACAGAACACUCUCGCUGCAAUCGGUUGCAGCGUCCGUAGACACGGUCUCACAAUCGAUACCAUUCGACGAGAGUCCGCUGACAUUUGAUCCGAGCAAAUACGUAUAUCAGCUCAAGGACCACUGGGCUACAGAGGACGGCCAUGCAUCAUACGCGCUGCUAACAAGGUGCUUUGUGCUGGUCAGUGGCACCCAAAGUCGUAUCAAGAUUGUAGACACAUUGGUCAACUGUCUACGAUUGCUCAUAGAGUGUGACUCCGAUAGCCUUCUGCCCGCUGUAUGGCUGGCCACAAACUCAAUCUCGCCCCCCUAUAUAUCUCUUGAACUCGGUCUCGGUGGCUCAGCUAUCUUCAAGGCCUUGAAACAGGUUUGCGGACUGGACAACAGGUCGCUCAAAGCCAUCUACGAUAAACAUGGCGAUGCGGGUGAUGUGGCAUUUGAGGCGAAAAAGAAACAAAGUUUCAAGCUUCGCAAGCCGAAACCUUUGACCAUUCAGGGCGUCUACCAGUCGCUGGUCAAGAUCGCCAAUAGCCAAGGGCAAGGGAGUGGAGAGGCAAAGCAGCGCAUUGUCGAUAGAUUAAUGCAGGAUGCGCGAGGUGGAGAGGAGAGCCGGUAUAUUGUGCGGACGCUAUGCCAGCAUCUCCGAAUUGGUGCCGUCAAGACUACUAUGCUCAUUGCUCUCUCUAGAGCAUUUCAGCUCUCUCGACCCCCCGGGGCCGAAUUUCCUCUGAGGUCUGUGAAGGACCUAGCGGCACUGAAGAAGGAGGAACUGGCAGAGGUGUGGAGCAAAGCAGAAGAAAUCGUUAAGGCUUGCUUUGCACGGCGGCCUAAUUAUAACGAUCUUAUCCCCGUGAUGCUCGAGAUAGGGGUCUGUGACGAACUACUGAUACGCAGCGGGCUUACUAUGCACAUACCGCUCAGACCCAUGCUGGGGGGCAUCACCAGGGACCUAUCCGAGAUGCUUACCAAGCUUCAGGGUAGAGAUUUUGCAUGCGAAUACAAGUAUGACGGCCAAAGAGCACAGAUUCACUGCGAUCAUAAAGGCAAAGUUUCAAUAUUUUCGCGGCAUCUCGAGGUCAUGACGGACAAGUAUCCGGACCUGGUACGGCUGGUACCCAAGAUCCGUGGCGAGGGGGUUGGUAGUUUUAUCAUGGAAGGCGAAGUGGUCGCGGUGGACCGUCAGACGGGCGGUUUGAAAAACUUCCAGACAUUGACGAAUCGCGCGAGGAAGGAUGUAGCGAUUGGAAGCAUCACCAUUGACGUGUGUCUCUUCGCGUUCGAUCUGAUGUAUCUCAAUGGCCAACCACUACUCGACCGACCGUUCAGGGAGCGAAGGGAAUUGCUGAAGUCGCUGUUUAUUGAGGUCCCCCACUACUUCACCUGGGUAAAAAGCCUCGAUGCCACGUCUCAGGACUCGGACGCUGUACUCGAGUUCUUCAAGUCAGCCACGGAAUGCAAAUGCGAAGGCCUCAUGGUCAAAAUACUCGACAACCUGCCGGACCUUCCCGCACCCAAUAACCAUGAAGAAACCGAGCCAGCACCUCAGCAACCUGGAGCAACACCCAAGGCGAAAGGCAAAUCCAAAGCCAAGGCCAAAAACAGCGACACGACCACGAAACCUUCCUCUCGCCGAAAAGCUCUCCUCGCCACCUACGAACCCGACAAACGCCUCGACUCCUGGCUCAAAGUCAAGAAAGACUACUCGUCCUCCUUCGACACGCUGGACCUCGUCCCUGUCGCAGGCUGGCAUGGCCAAGGCCGAAAAGCGAAGUGGUGGUCGCCCAUUCUGCUCGCUGUGCGGAACGAAGAGACGGGGACGCUCGAGGCCGUGUGUAAAUGCAUCAGCGGAUUUACAGAUGCUUUUUAUAAGGCGAAUCGGAAGUUUUACGAUGUUGGGUCAGGUGGCCAGGAAGGGGAUGAGCAAGGGGUUGAGGAUGAGGCGGAAGAAGGCGAAGGGAAUGAUGGUGGCGGUCGGUAUAAGAAUAUCCGCAAGACAAAGCCUAGCUUUGUCGAGUACGCGGGGCACCCGGACGUGUGGUUCGAGCCGCAGGAAGUCUGGGAGAUGGCCUUUGCAGAUAUUACGCUGUCGCCAACAUAUACUGCUGCCGUUGGACUAGUUAGUGAGGAUCGCGGGCUUAGUCUACGGUUCCCCCGCUUCCUCAAGAAACGGGAUGAUAAGGGCAUUGAAGAGGCGAGUAGCAGUGAAUUCCUUGCCGGACUUUGGCGAAAGCAGGAGGCGCAAGCUCCUACGCCAUCGCUCAAGGAGGUCGAUGAGGAGGAUGAGGAGGCUUAGAGCAUUGCUUCAUUGAGGCAUAUAUACCCCUUCCAAUUAAUUGA